AUGAAAGAAUAUACAACUGCGAAAAAAUUCCAGGUGAACAUUCAAGGUGUUAGUUGUGACGAACCUCAAACACGAGGAUCUUGUGGAGAAAAUGCGGUUUAUCGGGCGCAUGAAAUUUGUCAAUCCUGCAUGAAUUCAACGCAGUGUAAACUAAUUGCAUGCGAAUAUCGUUGUGUUUGUCGAGAUGGAUAUAUUUUCAAUAAAAAUAGUAAUUCAUGCAUUCAAGUAAUUUCGAUAACCGAUUCAGCAAUGUCGUCAUUUGAGCCUUCGAAUGAGAAUUUCGUCACUGCGACUUCGCCGGGUAAAGUUAAAUGCGGUGAAAAUAUGGAACACAAUAAAAUUUCAUCACUUUGUCAUAUUCCCUUUAUUAAGUCAAUUUAUACCUUUUUUAAAAGUGAUGGUUGUAAAUUGACUUGUAUUUGCAAAAAAGGAUAUAAAAAAGAUGUCGAAAAUUCGUGUAAAUUAGAAGCAUCCGUAUCCUACUGUACGCUAUUAAAUAAACCGUGUGAUGCGCGCAGUGUUUAUCGACUUGAUAAAAUAAUAAUAAAGAAUGGAGAUGUUAUUUGUAGAUUAAAAUGUGAAAAAAAGAAUGAAUUUUAUAAUUUUCAGAAUUUAACUGAAAAAUAA